AAAACAAAAUUAAAGUUAAAAAAAAUCAGAGCAGGAAACUUCAAACAAGCUGGAAACACUUUAUCACGGGGAAGGUUUUCGGCUCCGCUCACGCAAACGGGCAGCGAUGGGGCCGAGACGGCAGCAGGCCGGAGAGCUGGUCGAGUGGGACUAGAACGGGGACUGUGGCCUGUGAUGAGACACGUGGACCUUCGCUAGGGAACAGAUAGCAGCCCCUGGGGCACAUCUAGCCGCCGCCCCGCUUCCCCCGGCACAGCUCUCCCGCACGAACAAGGGCGCGGGUCUGGCAAGGCGGGCGGACGGGCCCCCAGGGAGCCCCGCUCCUCCAUCCCAUCCCACAGCUCCCAGAAUGCAACGCGCCACGCCAUUCCUGGCGGAGACUACAACUCCCAGCGUACCCCGGGCCAGCUGGUCCCAAGCGUCCUGUUGUGCUAAAGGUCAUCGGUCCGUCACUUCCGGUUCGCGGUGCAGGCCGGGAAUGCGAGUCGCGAUUGGCCGGCGCCCGCCCCGCUUUUCGGCGAGCUGGGGGAGCAGGAAGCGGCAGAGCCGGCGAGACGGGGCGAGAGGUUCCUCACGGAAUUGGGGUACUCCUGACAACUCUGAGAACUAGUAAUGGAAGCAUGGAGCUAACUUGUCAGACUGAUUCUUAACCGUUGAGGCUUGUACUAUUACUCCAUGGAUGAGGAAAAUGCAGCAAUGAGGAAAAGAUACAAAAAGUUUGGAAAAAGCAAUUUCUGGAGGUGAAGAAACAUUUCCUUAGUGGAUACCUACUUCCUUCAUUCCUCUACCUUCUUUAAACAUCUUCUCUUCACUGAAUAGAAAAUUAACUUAAUCUGUGAGAGUAUUGAAGAGCCAUCCUCCAUCAAAUGGAUUAGCAGAGUUCCUCAAAGUAACCGUAUCAAGAUGCUGAAUGGUCAAUUCACUAUGGAAGCCGAAGAAACGAUGGAAUGCAUUCAAGAAUUCCCAGAACAUUAUAAAGUUAUUUUGGAUAGACUGAAUGAACAGCGUGAGCAGGAUCAGUUUACGGAUAUCACUCUGAUUGUAGAUGGUCACCAUUUCAAAGCUCAUAAGGCUGUCCUUGCUGCCUGCAGCCAGUUCUUCUACAAAUUCUUCCAAGAUUUCACUCAGGAGCCUUUGGUAGAGAUAGAAGGUGUAAGUAACAUGGCAUUUCGACACUUAAUUGAGUUCACCUACACAGCAAAAUUAAUGGUCCAAGGUGAAGAAGAAGCAAAUGAUGUUUGGAAAGCAGCUGAGUAUCUACAGAUGUUAGAAGCUAUUAAAGCACUUGAAAUCAGGAACAAAGAAAAUUCGGCACCACUAGAAUCAGAUACAACACAAGGUAAAAAUAAAACCAAAAAGAGGAAGAUAGCCGAAACCUCCAAUGUCAUCACAGAAACAUUGCCAUCUGCAGAAUCAGAGCCUGUUGAAAUUGAGGUGGAGAUUGCUGAAGGGACAAUUGAAGUGGAAGAUGAUAGCAUUGAAACCCUGGAAGAAGUAGCUUCUGCAGAACAGUCUAUAAAGUAUAUACAGACUACGGGUACGUCAGACGAGUCUGCUUUGGCUCUUUUGGCAGAUAUCACCAGCAAGUAUCGUCAGGGGGAAAGAAAAUGCCAGAUCCAAGAAGAAGGUGACAAUGCAACUGAUCCUACAUGCAAACAGGUAGAAGGUAUUGAAAUUGUGGAACUUCAGCUGUCACACAUGAACAAUUUAUUCCACUGUGAGAAAUGUAACCGUUCGUUUAAAUUGUUUUACCAUUUCAAGGAACACAUGAAAACACACUCCACUGAGAGUUACAAAUGUGACAUAUGCAAUAAAAGGUACCUACGAGAGAGUGCAUUGAAACAGCACCUCACCUGUUACCACCUUGACGAAGGUGGAGCCAGCAAGAAGCAAAGACCUGGCAAAAAAAUACACGUAUGCCAGUACUGUGAUAAACAGUUUGACCACUUUGGACAUUUUAAAGAGCACCUUCGGAAACACACAGGUGAAAAACCAUUUGAAUGUCCAAAUUGCCAUGAACGUUUUGCUAGAAAUAGCACACUCAAAUGUCAUUUGACAGCCUGUCAAUCCGGUGCUGGAGCUAAAAAGGGAAGAAAGAAGCUGUAUGAAUGUCAGGUAUGUAAUAGUGUAUUUAACAGCUGGGAUCAAUUUAAAGAUCACUUGGUAAUACAUACAGGAGACAAACCCAACCAUUGUACCUUAUGUGACUUGUGGUUUAUGCAAGGCAGCGAACUGAGAAGGCAUCUCAAAGACAUUCAUAACAUUUCAGAACGAAUAGUGACAGAGGAGGUUCUUCCAGUGGAAGACGUGGAAACUGAACCAGUGACAUCAAUGACUAUUAUAGAACAAGUGGAGCAAGUCCAUGUACUACCAGUAAUUCAGGUACAAGUGGAUCCAGCACAAGUAACUGUGGAACAGGUGCAUCCGGAUCUGAUUCAAGAUAAUCACGUGAAAGGCACACAGAUGGACGAUCUGCAAGAACAGGUACAGAUUAGUUACGUAGAAGUGGAACACAUUCAGACUGAACAAGGUGCUGAUGUACAGAUAGAGGAGCUACAUGUUGAACAUGUAAAUCAGAUACAAAUGGAAGAGGUACAGGCAGAACUUAUAGAUGAAACAGAUCUAGAACAAGUGGAGUCUGAAAACAUUAAUCAGGGAGAGUUAGAAGAGAGCGAAACUGGUGAAAUAGGUGAUGUGGAGACAGUUAAAGAAGAUCAUGAACAAGCUGAAGAUUUAAAAACUCAACAAAUAGUGGACACACAAGAUGAGCAAGUGGAUGAUUAGGACAAAUGACUGUACUGUGCAGGUUUAGAGAUGAAAUACCAAAUUAUUUUUGUUAAUUUUUACGUUAAUUUUUGUACCAACUGUGGUCGGCUCUCCAGCAUCGCUGUCCUUAGGAAACCAGAAGGUGGACCAAAUUUAGGAUAUUUCAUAUACAAUUAAAAUCAUCCUAUUGUACUUUAAAAAGAACUUUUCCCCUUUCAUGUAAUGCCAUGGAGCAAAAACUAUCCCAGAGAUCAGCAGCUUUAUGAGAAGUGUAAUAGUUGGUUGAAUAGACUGUGUCAUUUGCCCCAUGUGUGUGCAAUUGUUGUCACUGAGAGACUCCCAUUUACAAGCCCUUGAUAUAUACUUCCAGAGGAAAAGGGAUGGGUGGGGGGGUGUGAGUGAGUGAGAGAGAUGGCAAAAUGCUAGAAUAUGGGGAUUCUAAUGUAUGCGUGGAUAUUUAAAGACAGUUGGACCGGACCCACUUAGAAAACACACAGAUGUUUGUCAUCCAGCAGCAGUUCCUUUAUAAUAGCAGCAAUUCUCAAUAUACUUUUUCCUAAUAUGAACAGCCUUCUUUCAGCCCACUUUGAAAAUGCCAGACUGAUGGUAACAAGUGUUGCCACUAAAGUUCUUGGAGUGCAAAAAGUCUUGUGCCUUUUCAGAAUUGACUAAACUUCCACAAAGCUCCUAGAAUGUUUAAGAAGCUAGUGCAGUAAAAGGCAAUGUAGAUAAUGCUAUAGUGCUUUAUAUUUUUGCUUAUAAUUGUCAGCUACCAAUUCUUGCUUUAAAUUUAGAUGGGGGUAGAACGGAACAAAUUACACAUUGUGACGAUUGUUGAAAGGGCCACUUACAAUAGGAAAAAAUCAGCUGAAUCCAUGGUAAAUGAAGCGGCUGAAAGAUUGUACCAUCUUACCACUUCAAAUUAAAAAUGAAUGCAUUUAUAAACAGAAAAAAUGUGUGUAUGAUAUAUCAGGUUCCUGUUUUAAAAUGAAAUUUUCUCUGACACUUGACAUAAAGAUCUUGUGCUAAAAAAGAAUUAAAGCCAUAGGUAUGAGUGCUAAACUGUGGAUUUAAAAGUAGGAGUGUAAAUAUUUUAAUCAGUAUUAUUGAACAAUAAAACAAUACCAACCAUGAAAAAACUGUGACAUUACUUGC